AAAAAAGCACUGCAUAAAUGUUUAUUAAUUCCAAAUUAAACUUGUAAUUUUCUCUGUUUUUCUCAAGUAAUUAAUUUGCCGCUUUUCUUUUCCUGAGAGAAUGGGGUAGAAAUUCCCCUUCCCUCAUCGGGGAGGGUGCCUCGGGCAGUUUUUUUCAGGAAGAGGUCUUAAAGCCUUAAAGAGAGAAUAGAGUCUCACCUAGUUUCAUCCACAUUGCUGUAAAGUUGCUUGAAUGUAGCCAGUCUUUUCCCCACCAGUUUGGAGGGCUUCCUUGGAUCAAACAGAAGGGCCGCCACCCUCCCGUGAUCAAACGAGAGUUCCCUCCUUGCUUGUUGCCUCUACGGGGUGACUUUCGAUCCUUUCUGGGGUCCCCAGCGGGGAAAAAACGAAUGCAAAAGACAGAGCACUGUCUUCCUAUGUCCGUUCCACUGUGACAUCAAAACUGGAAGCCCAAGACAAAGUAAUUUUAAAAAAACCAAAUUAGGGGUUCAGGCUUAAAAUCUAAUUUGGGUUGUAGCAUUCAGGGUCGUAUGAACCAGCCAUUGAAAUGAUUUAAUGUAUGAAUUCAGUCUGUUGUGGAUUAUUCAGUAAAUCUUGAUUAAACAAAUCAUGGCUUAACAGUGUGGACCCAGUCAUACCUUCUGUGUGAGAAACAUUGUACAAUAUUAGGCCUGCUAUAUCUGGGCAGCACAAUCCAUUCAACUGCUACAUAGCAGCAAAGAGAGACAUAAACAUUUAAAUCUUUAUUUCCAGUCUUCUGAAUUUUUUGCUGUAGGAGCAAUUUAUAAACUAAUUUUAGCCUAUUUUCUGCUUUGUUUUCAAUGUCUUCUAAUCAACCGAGGGCUGCAAAAUCAAACUAAAAUGAAUUCCACGAAUUGUCUAAGCAAUCCAAGUGCUAUUUUAUAAAUUAUUUCAAUAAAAUCUAUCAAAGCUGUGUACAAAUAUUGUUUAUGUGAAAUAAUGUAUUGUAGUUUGAUCAUCAUUACACUCUGAUGCUCUUUAAUUUUUAAUAUCAAAUUACUUCAACAUUUCUAGGGCUCUGCAUUGGUCAAGGUUUGGGAUUAGGAUGUGGAUGACCCAAGUUCUAAUCCAUCCUCAGCCAUAGAAGUUUCUCAUGACUUUGGAUCAGUCAUUCUCUUUCAGCCCAAUCUCUCCCACUGGAUGGUUACUGUGGGGAAAAAUAGGAAGCAGCAGCACUAUCUUGGGCUCUUGAAUGAAAGCUGGGAUAUACAGUAAAUCCAGUAAAGAAAUCACAUGUUUGUAAAUGUACAAUUCUUAUUAACUACUUAAUUUCCAGGUAGAGCAGAUUGUCCCUACUAUGCUAAGGCAGAACUCCUUGCUGACUAUCUGGGGAACAAUUUGCCUAACUUCAGGAUACACAAGAUUGUUCAACAUCCCGACAACUGGGAGGUAAAAUUAUUUCAGUCUGGUUCACUAGUGAGGAGCUUCUCUACUUUUGGAAUCCAUUAACCAUCAGAAGUAUCUUUACAGGUAGCAGAAGAGAGAAAUGGGAUAAAUGUACAGUGCAUAAAAUAAUUACAUGGAAACAGUGAUGAAGAAAGCUAAUGAACUCUGCUAGCCUUUGAGUUUGGUUAUUUGUAACAUAUAUCAAAUGUAUGAUGGUUUGGGGCAUAUAGUUUAGGAAAUCUACAAUAGCUUUUUAUGACUUUAAUAUUUAUUGAUGGAUCAAAGUGGCAUUGAUGAUACACAAAAGCUUCAUCUGUUUUGCUUGGACCAAAUGAUGAAAAAGUCUCCUCCCACUUCAUAAUUAUGUAAAUAAAAAAUGGUGAGUGUGUUUCAUCUGCAGACUGAGCUGACUUUGAGCGUUCAAAUAUGGGUACCAAAUAUUACAAGGUGGGCAAGUUGCUUUGGUAGUAUGUGAGCUCUCUUCCAUCCAAAUGGAAGUAUCCACUUUCAUAGCUUCUAUUCAGAAAUAUACUUUUCAUAUUAGCCUCUUGUUCUGUAUGAAGGGAGAAUGUUUGGAUAAUUGUACGAAAUGUAAGGAUGGUUAUUUCAACAUGGCAGUGAAAGCCAUCUAUGGAUUUAUACAUAUUACCAUUGCAUGAUAUGCUUAAUUUGAGGGCAUUUAUCCUUAGAAGUGGCUUCAGGAGAUCUGUAAUGAGAAUGGCUGGAAACACAAACGCUCCCCAAUUAUUUGGAGAGAACUGUUGGACCGUGGUGGAAGGGGCCUUCUUCUAGGGGGAUUCAAUGAUUUUCUAGAACAUGCACAGGUAAAAAUUUGCAUAUUGACUUGUUGCAUAUUGAUUUUUCUGCUAGCUUCUUUUCUUUUCUCAUCAAUCUGUUUUUAUUUGUUUUCAGACUGACCAAAUUUCAGUACACAGUAUAUAUAACUAUGAUUCAACACAAUGCUUCAGUCAGCUUAAUUAAAAUUGUUAGGGAAUUAGUGAAUGGGAAUUUAAAUAUUCAGAUAAAAUAUCUGAAUCUUCAUUGAAGGACAUUUGAAACAGAUAAUAUAAAGGAAUAAAACAGUUUGUUAAAGUAAAUGGAAAAGGAAUUUCCAUUUGAAAAACUAAUGAAUCAGUUUUGGCAAUCAGCAAUAUAUUUGUAACAAGUACUGUACAUAAUUGUAGAACUUUAUUCACUAGGUAAAAUAAUUUUGAAGAAUCUUGCCAAUCACCAAAAUAAUUGGUCAUGGGACCCUAUAAACUAUUGAUCUAGACUAAUGGGUGAUAUGUAGUAGAUUAGCAAGAGUUUUUGUUUUCCAGUUACUUAAAAAUAGCAAUAACAAUGUAAAAAUGUUGAAAUGAAGAAAAAUGAGUACAUAAUGAAUGGAUUUUGAGGAAGUAAACUGCCAAUAUGGUGGUAGCAACUUGACCAAUCUUGAAAAGCUAUGCAGAAUUAGGACUUGAAAGGAAAACCAUCAGAAAAUCCCAGAACUGUAGAUUAAACUGGAAAGAAAAGAAAACACUUUUGCACUUCCCCCGGUAAAACUCUAUGCAUGUCCAUGGAAUCAUUAGAUUUUUUGUGGGAACUCUGAAGUGAGUUCAUAUCUAGAUUUAAAACAAAUCCAUAGAUCAAGAAAUGCCCAGAGACACCAUAUUGUUAAACUCCAAGAAUAUGUCUUUGCUCUUGACUUUGUAGUAGAAAUAAGGGUCUGGCGAAAAUAAAAUCUGGCAAAAUUGAAAUCUGCUUCCCACGUUAUGUUAUUUACGUAAAUCCUCUUCAUUUUGAAUACCUAAUGUCAUAAAUUUAGAUUGCUUUCCCCAUUCUGUUAUUAUUUCUAUAUUUUUGUAAUCAAAUGUGUUUUGGUCUUCAGAAUUUGAAAUAAAUUGAUAUUUAUUGAUCAGCCUUUUUAAUCUUCAGCAAUACUAUAACAUCACAUCAGAUAUGAUGACUGAAGAGAUGUUACUAAUAGCUAAUGAGAACUUGCAGACUUGCACAGAAAUUGAAGCAGAAGAGAAAGAACUAAAAAGUCUUAUCAACCCCUUGCACAUUUGGCUUAAUAGAGCAUGCAGUUCUGCCUGCUAUCAUCUGAUCCCUUUAUUAACCAAUGGAGAAAUAUUUGGAAUGGAAACUGAGAUAAGCCUUCAUUUGUUUGACAGGAGUAGUUUCAAAGAAAUUCUUCACGGUAUUGUUAUGGAGACCCAAGAUUUAGCAUCCCCAGUCCUUCGUAGUGUCACUUUACAUACUGAACUGGAGGAGAUUUUCCUUGAUGCUGAUAUCAUCAUUUUGUUUGACGACAUCCUACAGGAAACAAUCCCAACACUCGAACACUGUAUCCACCAAGUGACUAAUCAGUGUAAAACAUAUGGCCCUUUGAUAGAGCAGAAUGCCAAAAGCAAUGUCAAAAUUAUUGUGAUGGGAAAAACUUUUACCAACCUUAAGUCAUUAAUGCUUAUGACAUAUGCACCCUCUAUAAAUCCUAGAAAUAUUAUCACUCUUGCCAUGCUGUUGGAAAGUGAAGCCAAAGCUAUGGUAGCAAGAAAAAUGCAAAUGCACCCAGCAGGAAUAAAAAACCUCAUUGUCUGGGGGAACAUCAGUGGCAAUAGCUUCGUUGAUCUGAGUAAAACAGAGCUAUAUAGAUAUGAUAGUGCCAUCUGGGGCCCACCAAGUUUUUUUCGUCCAUUGUUGGAUGUGCUAUUUGAUCGUGAAUGGAUGGAAAUUGAAUUUGUGGCUUCGUUGAGUUCAUUAAGUUCUUGGCGAGCUCGUGGUUUAGGAAUGGCACCUGCACAUACAGUUGCUACUGUGCUGAGAUACUGGUACCAAGGAUCCCCUCCUGGAGAAAUGAUCUCCUUGGGAGUAAUUAGCGAAGGUCAGUUUGGACUUCCUGAGGGGAUUGUCUAUUCAAUGCCCAUAAGGUUUGAGAAUGGCAGCUGGGAGAUCUAUACAGAAAUAGAAAUUAAUGAAAAAACUCAAUCGUAUCUUCUGAUCCUGGCCUGUGAUCUCAUUCGGGAAAAACAAGUUGCCUUAGGUGAAGUAGCAGAACUGAAUCCACAAAGAAGAGACGUCCAUGCGAUAUAUCGUGAUGUAGAAGAAGAGGAAGACUUUGAAGUAAAUGAAGAACACAAAGCUUCCUUAAUUGACCAAGAAAGAGCCUUGGAAAGUGAAGACCAAACUGUUGCUGAAGUUACAGAAACGGAAGAUACUGAUGAAUUAAAUGAGUCCAAAAAUAUCGAAGAAGAAAACAUUGAAGCUGAAGAUGAUUAAGAAGCUAAAUACAAAAGUAUUAUUUAAUGCGUAACGAAAGUUGUAUUGAUUCAUUAGUGAAUGCAGAAAAUUGUAUGAUAUACUUCAAAAAAUAUAAUAUAAGAAAGCAAUACUGUUUUACUUUGUCAAAUUUAAUUUGCAAUUUAAAGUUAUGUUGAUAUUUAUUAAUGCCUGGCAUCUUUCCAAAGCUUUUGAAUUUUGACUCCCGCUGAGUUAAACAUUCAGUUAGACCUCAUGUUAGUCAUAAUUUUUACUGAAUUGCAUUUCCAGUUUUUAUAUCACACAAAACUAUAAAGCUGGCAAAAUGUGAAUAUGCAAAAAUAAAAGUAAAAAUGUGCCUGAUCCAAAUAUCUUAAAUUAUACAAUUUGAAUGAACUGUGUAAAAUAUAUUUGAUUUGAAUUGAUGAAAUGAGAUUUGAGGAGGGCAAGACUGAAUUUGAUUCUAGGACAAAUCAUGCUCAGUUGCAAAAAACAACAACAACCCACCAGUGGCCUAGCUUAAUCUGCAAAGAAGAUUUAGGCUUUAUCUAUCUAUCUUUAUUCUUCUAGAAUAGGAAAGAUAAGAACAAAGUAUGAUUUUGUUCUCUGGUUUCUUUUGAAGUGAAUGAAGUCUGAGUCCCGGGAGUUCAUAUUACACUAACAUUGACUACAUAAACUAGGGAUGGUUUAAUGGAUUCCUGCAUAGAGUAGAGUUUGGGUUAGAUAUUCUAUAAGGUCCCUUCUAACACAAGCAUUCUGUGAUUUUAUCACUUUGGCUAAUCCAGUAUCUGGACCUCUAUUUCCCACUAAGCUGACAUUAUGGAUUUGUGUGAUAUGUGAAUGCAAUCUGUGUUAGUUCAAUAAACAAAAUGGAAAUGGCAGCACUCAUAUCUGCAUUUGUGGGCAUGUGCUGAAAUACUCCUUGGAAUGUUUCUCAAUUUACUCCUACAGACAUUCCUAUAGAAUCUGUGGCCAUCGAUACAUUGAUGAACAGUAGAGUUAGUAAAUGAGACUCCUGGAAUUUACGGCACUACAAUAUCUGUAAAGUCAUAACUGACAGUCCUGCAUGCAUGUAAUUUUGGUAUGUUACCACACAAACUGAAAAGCAUAUUUUUGUCCAUAGUUAUUUAAGUGACCAGAAUAGUGAUGCAAGAUAAAUUGUGAGAAAAUGUGCCCGAAGUUCAGAUGUGCAUUUGGUUUUCUUUUCUUUGAUAUGGACAAUAAUUUUCUUUUUCUUUUUUUAUAAGGCAUUUUGUAUGUGAACAAAAUGUACACUCAUGCAUGUUUAUACAGGGAUCUAUAAACAUAAGAUAACUCCAGUUGGAAGAGUACCAGCUCAAGUAUCUUACUGAAAAAGCAAGAACAGCAAAACACACUAGCUUCUAUUUAUUUUUAUUCUAUAGCUUGUGAUGCUUCAAUAAUGGUUUAUUUUAAGUAGGGAUUAAAUUUGUGCAGAGUGAAUAAAAUUAAUAAUUUAUCCUAUUAGCUGCAACAGAAACAUUCCUGGAUGAAUUGAUUUCUACAACUUAACAAUAAUAAAUUUAGUGCAGGAAACACUGCUUUUUCAUUCUGUAUCUGAGUGUGUAGUUAUAUAAAAACAUAAGCAGUUUUUCUUUUAUUAUGUAUUAAAUGCAUUAGCUUUAGCCAAAUUAAUGUGGUAAAAGAGUCAGAAUAUUUGGAUUAACAAGUUUAACUCUAUUUUAUUGCAAUAACAUUAAGUGACAGGUAAUGUUCUAAGCUGAAAAAGUUUAUAAAUUCAAGGUGUGUUAAAUUCAAAACUACCCUGCUAUGGGCAGACUUCUGUUCCAUCUGCAAUGCUAUUUAAAAUCAAUUUCACCUCCAAUCCAGCCUGUACUUCUUCAGCAUUCCAAAUCAAGACUGCAGACUUUUCCAGUUUGACUGUCAACCUCUGUUCUGUAAUGUUUUGUUUAGACCUAAUAAAAAUACUAAGAUACUA